AUGGCUGCAAUUAUUGAUUGCAUAUAUCCGGAGUUCGUAAAGCACCAAAAUGAGAUAGUUGAUAAGGUCAACGAACACGUAGUGUUGCUUUUUUCCGAAGAAGAGAGGUCGUACUUGAGUUCAAAUUCAAUAAGCAGAGAUGAGAAUAAUUACGAUACCAACAAUGAUGCAUUUUCAAUUGAAUUUCACAACUUAAUACAUGCAUCAGGUAUUCAGAACCAUAAAUUAAAGUUGAAGGUUAGUGCUCCGAUAAUGUUGCUCAGAAAUUUAGAUCAGUCAUCACGAUUAUGCAAUGGUACUUAUUGUUUGAUCAUCAAGGCGAUCGCAUUAUACAAGCAACUGUAA